GGGCGGGGGCAGCUCUCACAGCCAGCCCAGCCUCUGUCCUCCAGGUCCGGCUCUGCGCCCUGGAGAUGGCAGCACCCAAGGUGGCAGUGGUGGGCGCGGGGCUCAUCGGCCUGUCCACGGCACUCUGCAUCUCCGAGGCUUUCCCCGGCUGCCGCCUCAGUGUCCUUUCGGAGCAGUUCAGCCCCAACACGACGGGCGAUGUGGCGGCCGGGAUGCUCAUCCCGCACACUUACCCAGGCACGCCGAUCCACGUGCAGAAGCAGUGGUUCAAAGAGACCUUCACAUACCUUUUUGCCAUCAGCAACUCAGCCGAGGCAUCAGAGGCUGGCAUUCACCUGGUCUCUGGCUGGCAGGUCUUUAAAACCCCUCCCAAAGAUGAGGUGCCUUUCUGGUCUGACAUCGUCCUGGGGUUUCGACCGAUGUCCGCAGCAGAGCUGCAGAAGUUCCCACAGCACAGAUCCGGCCAGGCCUUCACGACGCUGAAGUGCGACUGCCCACCCUACCUGCUGUGGCUGGAGAAGAGGCUGAGAGCAAACGGUGUCCAGGUGCACACCAGAAAAGUUGCAGACUUGUGGGAGCUGCACAGAGAGUACGACAUUGUGGUCAACUGCACGGGCAUUGGAGCCCACCAGCUCGUGGGGGACCAGGAGCUGUCCCCCACCAGGGGACAGGUUCUCAAGGUGCAUGCUCCUUGGGUGAAACACUUCAUCCGGGACGGGGAUGGCUCGACUUACGUCUACCCGGGGAUACACAGCGUAACCCUGGGGGGAACCAGGGAGAAGGGGAGCUGGAGUCUCUCCCCUGACCCUGGCACUACCAAGGACAUCUUUGGCAGAUGCUGCUCUCUCGAGCCCUCCCUGCAGCGAGCUCAGGAUGUCAGGGUGAAGGUGGGCCUCAGGCCGUCCAGGUCGUCUGUGAGACUGCAGAGAGAGGUCCUGAGCCGGGGAGGAGCAAAGCUCCUGGUGGUCCACAACUACGGGCAUGGGGCAGGCGGCUUUUCAGUGCACAGAGGCACAGCCAAAGAGGCCACUCGCCUGGUGGGAGAGUGCAUUGCUGCCCUGCAGGGCUCCUCAUCGAGGGCCAAACUUUGAACC